CCCCCCCCCCCCCCGCAAGAGUUUGGACUCCUCCUCCGGGAUGCCAGAAAACGACUGGUCCCUGGCCUCGCGGGGGUGUCCGCUUCCCAAGCCCGACACGCUGUCCCGGCCGGAGGAGGGGUCAGAGCCGUGGGGCCUGGAUCUGCCGCCGCGAACGGAGGACUCGGAUUCCCUAAGUGAUGGCUGCACAGAUUCUAAAAUUGGAACAGAAAUUAAGGAGUCAAGUCACUUUGGUCACCACUCAGUUCUGUCUGGACAGGAGAGAAUUCACACCGGCGAGAAACCGCACCAGUGCAGCGAAUGUGGGAAAGCCUUCAAGUGUCGUUCGUUCCUCAUUGACCACCAAAGAAUCCACACUGGAGAAAAACCCUACAAAUGCAGUGAAUGUGGAAAAGCCUUCAGCCAGCCGUCAAAUCUGAGUACUCACCAGAGAAUCCACACCGGAGAGAAACCUUACAAGUGUCACGAAUGUGGCAAGGCCUUCAGGCACCACGCGACUCUCAUCGUUCACCAGAGAAUCCACACUGGAGAAAAACCCUAUAAAUGCAACGAAUGUGGGAAAGCCUUCAUUCAGCCUUCAAAUCUUAUCGAGCAUCAGAUCAUUCACUCUGGAGAGAAGCCCUAUAAGUGCAACGAAUGCGGAAAAUCCUUCACUCGUCACGGAGACUAUAUUAAGCACGAGAGAAUUCACACCGGAGAGAAGCCCUAUAAAUGUAAGGAAUGCGAAAGGGCCUUCAGUCAGCACUCCGCGCUCGUGAAACACCAGAGGAUCCACACCGGAGAGAAACCCUACAAAUGUAACGACUGCGGGAAAGCCUUCAGCCGCCACGGAGACCACAUUAAGCAUCAGAGGAUCCACACCGGAGAGAAACCCUACAAAUGCAACGAAUGCGGGAAAGCCUUCAGCGGGCACUCGGCCCGCAUGGAACACCAGAGGAUUCACACCGGAGAGAGACCUUACAAGUGCAGCGAGUGUGGGAAAGCCUUUAGUCGACCCUCCGCCCUUUCUAAGCACCAGAGAAUCCACACUGGAGUGAAGCCCUACCAGUGCAGUGAGUGUGGCCAGGCUUUCAGUAACCACUCAAACUUGGCGGUACAUCAGAGAAUCCAUACUGAAGAGCAACCGAGCGAGUGCGGCGACUCCGGGAAAGUGUGCCGUCACUCGCCCGGUGUCGUUCGUCGUCGGACGGUUCCGCCUGGAGAGAAACCCUACAGAUGCAGUGAAUGUGGAAAGAGCUUUAGUCACCACUCAACCCUAAGCAAUCAUCAGAAAAUUCACACCGGAGAGAAACCCUACAAAUGCAGCGAAUGUGGAAAGUGUUUCAGGCACCACUCGACCCUGAUCAACCAUCAGAAAAUCCACACUGGAGAGAAGCCCUACAAAUGCAGUGAAUGUGAGAAGGCCUUUAGGCACCACUCAACGCUUAUCAAUCAUCAGAGGAUUCAUUCUGGGGAGAAACCCUACAAAUGUAACGAUUGUGGAAAAGCCUUCAGCCGCCUCGGCGACCACAUCAAACAUCAGAGGAUCCACACCGGAGAGAAACCCUACAAAUGCAAUGAGUGCGAGAAAGCUUUCAGUCAACAGUCGGCCCUUAUUAAACAUCAGAGGAUCCACACGGGGGAGAAACCCUACAAAUGCAAUGAAUGCGAGAAAGCCUUCAGUCAACAGUCGGCCCUCAUCGAACAUCAGAGGAUCCACACGGGAGAGAAACCGUUCCACUGUAGUGAAUGUGAGAAAGCCUUCAGUCAACACUCAGCCCUUGUUAAGCAUCAGAGAAUCCACACAGGAGAGAAACCCUACAAAUGCCUCGACUGUGAGAAAGCCUUCAGUCAACAGUCGGCCCUUACCGAGCAUCAGAGGACCCACACUGGGGAGAAGCCCUACGGGUGCAACGAAUGUGGGAAAGCCUUCAGCCAGCAGUCAGACCUUAUCAAGCAUCAGCGGAUUCACACCGGAGAGAAACCUUUCCCGUGUAACGAAUGUGGCAAAGCCUUCAGGGGACAUUCAGCCCGUAUCGAACACCAGAGAACUCAUACUGGAGAGAAACCCUACAAUUGCGAUGAAUGUGGAAAAGCCUUCGGUCGCCAUUCAGUCCUUAUUAAACAUCAGAGGACUCAUGCCGCGGCCAGAGCUUAUCAGUGUAACCCAUCAUGUAGUUAAUGAGGGAAAGCCCUCCGGGGAGUGCUCGAUACAUCACCAGAGACUCGGCACAGGAGAAAAAGCGGGUCGACGCAGGCACGUCAGAGCGUCUUCAGGGACUUCCCAACCUUUCGGGAAUAGGAGAACGCUCACGGUGGGGAGAAACGCUCCAGUUACUCCCAGAUUGAGGGCUCCUCCUUGGAAAGGCAUCCUGACAAGAUUAAAAUUCAGUAUGUGUUAGACAUUGGCUGGGCUGGGUUGGGCUGGGCUGCCGCCCCAGUGGGGUACUCUGGGUGGGUCACAUCUGCACUCAAGCCGCUCCUUCUCAAGCAGAAGCGAUUGAGGCUUGACGCAGAUCAAGAGAGUUGACACGGAACCAGAGGAUCCCUCAGGCUUCUCCCAACACCUGUCCCUGGCUCAGAAACAUCAUCGCUGACGUCUCUGGAGAUGGUUUUAUUUUAUUUGUCCUCCAGAUCAGGAACCAAACUGCUCCGAUACCCCUUGUUGGUAAGUUUCUGGCAGAGGUCAGAACUCUUCUCAAGUAGGAAAACUGACAGGAACGACCAGGUAAACGGAACGUGAUCAACCCACCACUCCCUGCCCAGUCCCUGUUCUUGAAGAGAAAGACCAUUAGCAACCUGGGCCAUUGGUCCGCCCUGUCCAGCGCUCUGUCAUCAAGCAACAGGGUGCUGAGGGGGAUCGUGUGAGGAGGCCCCUCCCUGGCCUCCAUCCCUGAGGUUAGCUCAAUGCCGUCUGACCGCUCAACUCUCCCUCUGCCAACCCUUUAAGGAGCGUGUGUCCAGGCCCCCAACCUAGGCCCCUGGAAAGUUCCCAGAUUCAAAGCAAUCAGCUUCAAGCCUCUGAGGGGGCCCACUAGUCCUGGUGUGGUGGGAUUCGGGGACCAAUAGUUCCACACGGCUUGAGUUGUGGCCUUUCUCUUCUCAGCCUUCCUCUUUCCAAACUGACAUGGCCUAGCGUGUGUGAUGGAAACCGCCAGAUGGGGAAAAAUAAUGUUGACGCCUCAAGUUGGCCAGCUGGAGGAAAAUUUCCUUGCUGGGGCCCAAUACAGCUCUGGUUCCGGAAGUGUUGGUGCCAAUGGGAUCGUGGCCGCCGGCCGGCUUUGGGGGGAGGGUGGAGGGCAGAGCUGGGACCAACCUGGUCUUCAUCGACCUCAUGGAAUGUGUCUGUUGUUGUAC